AUGGCGACUCUUAGAACAGCUGCGCGACGCCUUGUACUUGGCCAGUCCUUUGCAAAGCCAAUUGUAUCGUUUCAGAGCCAUCGUUCCCUUAUGACCCUCCCAUCAUUCUCUCUCGAGGGCAAGACAUGUGUCGUAACGGGCGCAGCUCGAGGCAUAGGAAAAGAGUUCUUGACAGCGUUUGCUCUCAGCGGUGCAAGGGGAGCAUGCGUUGAUCUAUCUUUACAAAGUGGUAAAGACUCGAUCGCCCAUAUUAAAGAGCAUAUCUCCAGCCAGCCCACAGUCUCUAAUUCUUACGACCCGGAACUACGUGCCUAUAGCUGCGACGUUACUUCAGAGUCAGAAGUUCAAGAAACGUGGAAAUCUAUUGUUAAAGAUUUUGGGAAGGUUGAUGUCGUGGUCACUGCUGCCGGGAUCGUGGCGAACUACGAGGCCGAGAACUAUCCGUAUGAUCGGUGGAAGAACAUGAUUGACGUCAACCUCAAUGGCAGUUUUCUUUUUGCUCGAGAAGCGGGCAAGUAUUGGAUAAAUCAGAAAUUGAAAGGGAAUCUGAUAUUGGUGUCGAGUAUGAGCGCUUCGAUCUGUGUCCGUCCACAAAAGCAGGCAGCAUACAAUGCGUCCAAAGGAGCCGUCUCAUUACUUGGCCGUUCUCUUGCAACUGAAUGGGCCGACAAGGGCAUCAGAGUCAACAGUCUCUGCCCCGGUUAUAUGAAGACUGAUUUGAUCAUCGGAUUACUAGAACAUGAAGGUCAGGAAAUUGAAGACAAUUGGGUCAAGGAUAUUCCAAUGGGACGACUGGGUCACCCAAGCGAACUUCAAGGGACGGUUGUCUGGAUGGCGAGUGACGCGUCCAGCUAUCUAAAUGGUAGUGAUAUUGUGUAA